AUGACGUUUCGUGGUGCGCUCUUGUGGGUAUCCUGUGUGAUGCUGCUGCUGCUGCUUCUGUGUGCGCCACGGUGGCUAAAGGUGGAUGCCGCAGCUGCGGGCACGACCCCAGAGGUACCCAGCGUAUCCUUGUCUCUUCUAGGGAACCUGCACUACGACUUGUUUUUCGGCAGACCGGGUGGCUAUGGCGUGUGCAACCAAGGCCAUCCAUCCAUAGCGACGCCGGGCUGCGAUUCCCCUCUGCGGCUUAUUCGUUCCGUCAUGGAUGACGUCUCCCGGUGGGACCGGUCGUUCAACUUGAUUACUGGAGGUUUGUUUCGCCACGGCACAGACACUAUCAGCGCGACUGAAGUUGAAACCAUGAUGAAAGAUGUGGUGGGUGUAAUAGCCAAUAGUAGUGGCAUGAGCAGUGCCGGAGGUGGUGAGAGUGUGGCGUCCCGAACGCAGGUGGCUCUGGGGGGCACGGAUUUUAUUCCUCCCAAUUCCUUCACUUCGGAGGGGAAGCAUCCGCAGCUUUUGCGACUACUAAGCCUGAUGGAAUCCAGCGGUCUUAUAAGUUUACAGGAGAGCAAAAAAAUGGCAACCUGUGGGUAUUAUUUCCGCGACCUGAGUGGCACCAAACUUCGCGUGAUUUCAUUGAACACCCUGCUUUGGUCAAACGCACAACGAACGCCACCUGGCGUGGGUGAGGUAGACCCAUGUGGGCAGUUUCCGUUUCUGCAACGCACCAUUGAUCAGGCCAUACAGCGCGGUCGGAACGUUAUCAUUCUUGGCGACACGCCUCCCACUAUUAAUGUCGCAGAUGCCCUGCGCAAGGAAAGUAUUGCGGAGGCUGAUACGUACUGGCGUGAGGAUUUCCGCGAAUCCUACUUUCGCAUCAUUGCCACCUACCGCUUUUCCGUUGCGGCCCAAUUUUUUGGGAACACAAGCACGUUUGGCUUCGUGGACUCCCCUGAGGUGGGGCCGCCGCUUUACAUCGUUCCCCCUAUUUCUCCAGUGACGGGCAGCAACCCCUCCUACCUGCACGCGACGCUGGACAGUAAUACAGGGCGGGUGCUGACGCUCAUGCAGCGGUACCUGAGCGAGGAGGGUAUUUGGGUUGAGGGGGAAAGCCUGGAGAACGUCAUUGAAGUGCCACUGCGAGCAUUGGAAGAAUAUCUGCCAAAGGACCUUUUGCUCAUCACCGAGAGAGAGAAGAAGUGGGAAAGACUGAUGAUGAUGCGCGUUGGUGGACGUUUCUUAACUGAAAGGGGGGCCUGUGGAGUGUGGUGCCGUCGAGUAAUUGUGUGUGCUUCUCGCUUUUACAAGAAAGCUAGCAUUGAGAGUUGUGCUUCAAUGGAUUUGCCCUCGCAGCGACUGGGGUUGAUACUCGCCAUCGUUUUUAACUGUUUUGGUGUGCUGCUGAUUGCGUUCUCCGUUGGCUACAUGAUAUCGCACCACAAGGUGAUCUUUCACCCACCCGAGGUGGUGGGGAUGCGAAAGCAGCGGCGAAGGCUGUUUUCGGGGCACACGGAGGAGGUGUUCAGUUAA